UUUGUCAAUGUCAAAAUACUGGCAAAAAUUACAAAAACAAUACUGUAAAUAGCAUGGAUUUGCUCUGAUUACCCCAAAUCAAUUAUUAAUCAAUAAUUUCUGCUUAUAAAAUAUACAACAAAAAUAAGAAUUAUGCCCUCUUUAAAAAAUCCUGAUGCUGAGCGCAAUAACCCUUGUCUAAAGGAACAAGAAGCUUCCUACAGGUGUUUGGAUAAAAAUGGAUUUGAUGCAGAGAAGUGUGAAUUAUAUUUUGAUAACUACAAUACAUGUAAGAAGUUUUGGGGUAAAGUAUCCAAAGAUCGCAGAGCAAAGGGCCUAACUCCUUACCUUCCUGACCUCACAGAGAGAGAUCAUGUCAAACAGGAGUACUUGAAAAACGUUUAUUUUACUUCAUAAUAUAAAUUAAAAUUAUUUAUUAAACUAAUUAGUUAAAUUAACUUUUCAAACAAAUAUUGUUUUACAUAUUACAGAGGUUAUUUGAUGCCUUGAGCCUAUUUUAAGACUUAAAAGUCAGAUUUUCUAAUGAUAGUUUAUUUUUAAGCUAUCAAAAAAAAAGAUUUAUUAAAAGGUAAAUAAAAUAUUGUUAUAUUA